CAUUAACCGGGCGUGGUGCGGCUGCGCCGAACGGGUUUUUGGCUUUGGUUGGAUACUUUUCAGCGUGAAGCUAAUGAAACCACAAGACUGAAUUAUGAAUCUCAAACCCCUACAAAUUAUACCAAUAUUACUGCUACAGUCAUGCUUUGCUCAAGACUACGCCUCUCCAACAUACAAUCCUGAUAACACAAAUCCAACAUAUGACUACAAUACAAAUGAUCAAUAUGAUCCAAAUAGAAGAUUUUCAAAUAGAAAUCCAUAUGAUUUAAAUCAAAAUGAAAAUCGAAAUCAGGAUCAGAGAUAUAAUAGAUAUGAUAAUCAAAAUGAUCCGCAAUUCAAUCAGAAUUCGUACAGUUCUGAUAACACACAGGGACCGUCGUGGGAUAGUGGACGCACUUACACGUCAUACAAGAGCAAUGAGCUAGAACAUGACAGUGUUAUCAUUAACGAAGCCACUUAUUUCAUAGUUGCCUCCCGUAUGGUCAGACCCGGUCAAAUAUACAAAAUAUCAGCUAAUAUUCUGAGGGCUCGUCUCCAGAUGACGAUCAGAGCGUCUAUAUCAUGCAAUGGAGUGGAAAUAGCUGAUGUUAUCGAGAAGGUUAAAGAAGGAGUACCGGAAGUUCUAAAUAUGAGAGUACCAGCGACAACCGUUCCCGGUGAUUACAAGCUGCGUGUGGAAGGAUUGUACUUGGAUGACCCUUUCGGAGGAAGAGCCUUUGUAAAUGAGACACAAUUGAUCUUUUCGCAACGUUUCAUGACGAUAUUCAUUCAGAUGGACAAGCCAGUUUAUAUGCAGACGCAGACAGUUAAAUUUCGCGUGAUCCCGAUAAACACGGAGCUGAAGGCUUUCGGAAGAGCUAUCGACGUGUUCAUACUUGACCCGAACCGACGUAUUAUGAAGAGAUGGCUUUCGAGACAGAGCAACUUCGGCACAGUGAGCCUACAGUACCAAUUGUCAGACCAGCCUCUGUUCGGCGAGUGGAUAGUGAGGGUGGAGGCUCUGGGUCAGGUCGAGGAGGCGCAGUUCCUGGUUGAAGAGUACUAUCAGACUAGGUUUGAGGUGAAUGUGACAAUGCCAGCGUUCUUCUUCAACACUGAGCAGUACAUCCACGGGCGCGUGAUGGCCAACUACACGUCGGGGGCUCCAGUUCGAGGAAAUCUCACGCUGAAGGCUACUCUAAGGCCGGUGCCGCGCUACCGCCCCUCGCACUACCGCCGCGGGCAGUUCAAUAACCGGCCGCUCGACCAGUACCCCAGAGGUCGUCCAAACUAUAACCCGUACCUGUACAACGAGUCUGGAUAUUUCGAAUACGAGGGUGAAAUAGAUGAAUAUGGUCAACCAGUGAACUACCGUCCCGGGCAACCCAACCAAUUAGACCACCCGGACUGGUGGUAUGACCCUCAGAAAGUCUACACUAGGAUGUUUAACUUUGAUGAAAAAUACCCCUUUUGGAUGCCAAGGCCAGACCCCAUCGAGCUUGGGACCUACAACUUGGAUCCCAACUACAACACAUACAGCACCGCCUCUACAUACAACAAUUACUACAACAAUCCUAAUUAUAAUAAACUGCCGUAUUUCCGAUUUUUCAACGGCACAUACGACUUUAAGUACCCAAUGUCUGAGCUGGCUCAGCUAGUACCGACGCUUGACGGUGUUGAAGUUAUCAUCACGGCAUCAGUAGGAGAUCCGUUCCUCGACGAGGUGAUAGAGGGCUAUAGUAUCGCACGGAUCUUUAACUCCUCACUCUCCGUCACCUUCCUUGGUGGUGAAGUGCAGGUGUUUAAGCCGGCCAUGCCAUUUGAUAUUUAUAUGGUGGUGUCGUACCACGACGGAUCGCGGCUGCCGGCGUGGCGCGCGGCGGGCGUGUCGCUGGUGGUGUCGGGCUCGCUGGAGGGCCGCGGCGGAGCCCUGCAGCCGCGCCGGCCCACGCUGCUGCCCGGACACGACGCCGUGUGGCGCCUGCGCCUCGACCUCUACGAGCUGCUGGGCCUGGAGAAGGAGCCCAACUACCGCGAGGUGCUGAACAGCAUCACGGGCGUGCGCCUGAGCGCCACCCUGACGGACUCGCUGGGCGGCCGCGCGUCCGCCGACAUGCGCAUGCUGGCGCACGUCAGCCCCGACCACCACCACAUCCGCGUCUCCACCUCCACCACCGACGCCAAGGUCGGCGAGUACGUGAUCUUCCAUGUACAGAGUAAUUUCUACAUGGAGUCGUUUAACUAUGUACUCAUGUCAAAAGGAAUCAUCUUAUCCAGUGGUCAGGAAAUUAUGCAGGAGGGCGUGCGCACGUUCGCGCUGUCGCUGCCGGCCGCGGCGGCGCCCGUGGCCACGCUGCUGGUGUGGGCGCACCGCCGCCGCGCGCUCGUGCUGGCCGACUCGCUCACCUUCCCCGUGGACGCGCUGGCCGGCAACUUCUCGGUGUUCGUGAACAACCGCAAGCACCGCACGGGCGAGCGCGUGGAGGUGGCGGUGUACGGCGAGCCCGGCGCCUACGUGGGGCUGUCCGCCAUCGACCACGCCUUCUACACCAUGCAGGCCGGCAACGAGCUCACGUACGCCAAGGUGAUAUCGAAGAUGUCUCACUUCGACGAGUCGACGAACGGCACGUUCGCGUACACGUGGCGCUCGCACUUCGGCGACGCGGACGAGCUCGUGUACUUCCCCUCGCCCAGCUUCGGCAUCGACGCCAACCGCACCUUCGAGUACGCAGGGCUGGUGGUGCUGAGCGACGUGUCCGUGUGGCGCCGGCCGACGCUGUGCAACGCGUCGCUGGGCCUGGCCGAGUGCCUGGACGGCGCCUGCUACCCGCUCGACAAGCGCUGCGACAACGUGGCCGACUGCUCCGACCGCACCGACGAGGCCAACUGCAAGCACGACGACUCGUUCGAGCUGACGCACUUCCGCAAGUUCCGCUUCAACCGCGUGCAGCGGCAGUACGACAACGAGUGGCUGUGGCGCGACGUGAACAUCGGGCCGCACGGCCGCUACGUGUUCACCGUGGACGUGCCCGCCGCGCCCGCGCUCUGGAGCGUGUCCGCCUUCGCCAUGGCGCCCGGCGCCGGCCUGGGCAUGCUGGCGCGCCCGCUGGCCUACGUGGGGAUCUUACCGUUCUUCAUCAAAGUAGAGGGCCCGGACCGUUGCAAACAAGGCGAGCAACUCGGACUUCGCGUGGCCGUCUUCAACUAUCAGCCGCAGAACAUCGAGGCCGUCGUGGUGCUCGCUUCUUCGCCCGACUACAAGUUCGUGCACGUUGAAGAGAAUGGAAUUGUGCGGUCGUACAACCCGCGCACGUCGUUCGGCGAGCACCAGUUCUUCGUUUUCAUCCUGGCGGGCGACGCGGCCGUGGUGCACAUCCCCGUGGUGGCGGCGCGCCUGGGCACCAUCCGCGUCGACAUACACGCCACCUCGCUGCUGGGCACGCACCGCGUGCACAAGCACAUCACCGUCGAGGCCGACGGUAUCCCGCAGUACCGUCAUCAAUCCGUGCUACUAGACCUGUCGAACCGCGCCUACGUUUUCCAAUACAUGCACGUGAACGUGACAGAGACCCCCAUCAUCCCAUAUGACGUGGACCGCUACUACGUGUUCGGCUCCAAUGUAGCUCGCAUAUCCGUCGUGGGUGACGUGGUGGGCCCUCUGUUCCCCACCAUGCCGGUUAAUGCCACUAGUCUUCUGGAUUUGCCAAUGGACUCAGCGGAACAGAACAUGUUCAGCUUCGCAGCCAACAUGUACCUCACGCUGUACAUGCGGCUCAUCAACCAGCGGAACCGCACGCUCGAGCGCGACGCCUUCUACCACAUGAACGUCCUCUACCAGCGCCAGCUGUCCUUCAUGAAGCCCGACGGCUCCUUCAGUCUGUUCCGCAGUGACUGGAACCAAUCGUCAUCAAGUGUGUGGCUGACGUCGUUUUGUGCGAAAAUUUUCCAAGAUGCGUCUUUCAAUGAGUGGGAAAACUUUAUCUAUAUUGACCCCGAUGUGAUAUCGGCGGCGGUGUCGUGGGUGCUCGAGCACCAGAGGCCCGAGGGCGCGUUCUACGAGGUGACGUGGCUGCCGGACCGCAACGCCAACAGCUCCAUCGCCGUGCCGCUCGACUCGCUGCUCUACCGCACUGCGGGACACCAGCUACACGGUGUACAGGUGAACAACUCGAUCAUCCUCCAACGCAACCUGACGCUGACCGCGCAGGUGAUCGUCACCCUGGAGGCGGUGAAGAACCUGAAGGACAUAGGCGUGCGGUCGGGGCUGAGCGCCCGCGUGGCCACUGCGCAGGCGCGCGCGGUGGCGUGGCUGGAGCGGCACCUGCAGCUGCUGCACGAGUGCGGCGAGCCGCUGGCGCUGGCGCUGGUCGCCUUCGCGCUCACGGCGGCCAAGGCGCCCAGCGCCGAGCACGCCUUCCGACUGCUGAAGCGACACCAGAGGGACGAGGGUGGUCUCGUGUACUGGGGCAAGGAGCCGGUCCCUGCUCCGCCCUACAAGAUGGAGAAUCAAAAGCCCUUCUUGCUACCACGUCUGCCGUACCGGUACGACUCCAAUAACAUCGCAGCCACCGCCUAUGCACUACUAGCCUGUAUGGACCAUCAGGACAACAAUGAACCAAUAGUGAUGUGGCUUAAUUCUCAACGGCUAAAAGACGGUGGCUGGGCGUCUACGCAGGACACAUACAUCGCUCUACGGGCCCUCAUCGAGUACACGAACCGCAAGAGACUGCGAGACGUGAGCGCCUUGCAAGUGAGUGUGGAUGCAGUCGCGCUGCGCGGAGACACUCGGACUCUACGUGUCAAGAAUGACAAUCUCGCCAUCAUGCAGACCAUUGAUAUCCCGGAGGCGUGGGGCACGGUGAAGGUGACGGCGCGCGGCGCGGGCUACGCCAUCCUGCAGAUGUCGGUGCAGUACAACGUGGACACGCCGCGCUUCCAGACCGAGCCGCCCGUGCGCGCCUUCUCCCUGCUUGCGCACGCGCACUACCACGGCAGGAACCAGUCGCACAUCCUCUACCAGACGUGCGCCAGCUGGACGCUGGCCGCGGAGGCGCCGCGCUCGGGGCUGGCGGUGCUGGAGGUGGGCGUGCCGACGGGCUACAUGGUGCAGCAGCAGCGCCUGGACGCCUACGUGCUGUCGCGUGCCGUGCCACUGUUGCAGCGCGCCAAGUACCGCCCCGACAGGAUCCUCUUUUACUUCGACUAUCUGGAUCAAGAGCUUACGUGCGUGAACUUUACCAUCGAGCGUUGGUACCCUGUCGCCAACAUGUCGCGCUAUCUGCCCAUACGCGUCUACGACUACUACGCACCCGAGCGCUUCAACGAGACGAUAUUCGAUGCGCUGCCCACCUACCUGCUAAACAUCUGCGAGGUGUGCGGUUCCUCGCAGUGUCCGUACUGCGCCAUAUAUAACACUGCGACCCACCUGGCCGCCCUGCCUGUCGUCAUUUUACUAACACUUGUCAUCUUGAUACGGAACCUCCGGAUCACGUAGCGGUAGUGAAAUAGCUUGAAUGUAAACAUUUUUCUUCUUAUACCGUUAAACUGAUAGAUUUUAUGCUAAAUUGUGAACAACUAGACUGAACUGAACGAUUGAGAUAUUGUAACAAAUUGUUUUCUUUUUUAUACAGUCAAAAUUCC